AUGGCACGGCAUCUAACGCGGAAACACAGCGAUGAAAAAGAAGUGGCCCUAGCAACAAACCUUCCACCAUCCUCAAAGAAGCGUCGCCACAUGUUAGAGGGACUUCGCAGGAAGGGCAAUUACUAUCAUAACAUUGGGGUGUUGCAGAAGGGACAAGUUCCUCCAUCUUCAGAAGUGGGAGCUGUACAGGAGUCACAAGUCAGUGGAAAUGAUCUGGAGAUCUUCAAUGAGAGGUCUUUCGAAGACUCAGAUGAAGAAGUUAACAUUCUGACUCAAAAGUCUGUGACUCGAAGACCAUUGGAUGAGAAGAAAAGGACUGAGAAAACAGGAAAGAGACCAAAGAGGGUUUCUGAGCCUGCUGAAGAUUCAGAUGAGGAAAUAGAUGUUCUGACUCAAAACACUGUGACUGGAAGACCAUCGGAUGAGAUGAAAAAGAGUGAGAAAAGAGGAAAGAGACGGAAGAGAGUUUCUGAGCCUGUUGAAGAUUCGGAUGAAGAAAUAGAUGUUCUGACUCAAAACACUGUGACUGGAAGACCAUCGGAUAAGAUGAAAAAGAGUGAGAAAAGAGGAAAGAGACGGAAGAGAGUUUCUGAGCCUGUUGAAGAUUCGGAUGAAGAAAUAGAUGUUCUGACUCAAAACACUGUGACUGGAAGACCAUCGGAUGAGAUGAAAAAGAGUGAGAAAACAGGUAAACUCCAUGCACCAAUGGAUAUUUUGCACCAAAACCGACCAAGUGCUUCACAUAAAAACAAAUGGAAUUAAUAUAAAAACAGGCACAUGAGACCAUAAUUAAUGUAAAGUAAGAUGGAUAAAACACACAGAACAACAAUAAUUAUAAUAAAAGUAAAGAUACAAAUAGAGCA